AUUGCAGUUUGCUAUUAAUGAGAAGGCGAUCACUGAUAGAGGCAUGCCUCAAAUCAAUUCUAUCGUUAGAAGCAGUCUUUCAAAGGAAUACUCUCGUCGAUGUAAAUAAAGCGCUAGGUUGACAAUAAAGAGAAGUAAGCGCGUUAGGCAUGCCUCAAGCUUAGACUAUAGAAUAAUAAUAAUUUAUAUUUUAUGGCCUCAAGGCUCAAACCGGAAAUGAGAUGAGUAUACAAAAUCGUAAGAUCGAGCAUGUCACACUGAUAUUACCUCAGAGGAUUAUUAUAUGGAAAACAGAGAGCCAGUGCCAUACCGUAUGAUUUGAAAUUGAGAAUGAAGAAAUAAAGUUAUGAUGAAAGGGAUUGAAAACAUAUUCAAUUAAUACGUGUAAUUGAUGAAUCACUGGCUAGUGAGUCAGUGAGCCAGGGUCAAGUGUGCCCCAUAGGACAAGCCGCCACUGUUUGGCUUAAUAAUUCCUGAAUGAAUAUUUUAAAUCAUCUGUCUGGACUUUGGACAUUCCUGGAAUGCAUAGAAAACAAAUUAUUUUUUGAGGUUACCUUACCUGUCAGUUGUUAAACCGGGCGAAUAUAAAUAAAAUUCGAAUUCUCCAAGAAGAAAUGGCAACUAAAUAUUUGAAGGUUCUUGGAUAUCCAGCAGUAGAUACUCUCAAUCUCAAAGAUGAGGCCACAUUCAAAAAAAUUGUGGUUUGGAUUGAGAAAAACAAGAUUAAACUAGCUGGACAAGACACGGUGAAUACAUUGAGUAAUCCGAAUUCUAAUAAUUGGAGGACAGCGUUUGACAAGUAUAAAGAGUUUUUAGGUUUGCCUAGUCUGCUUUCUACCGAUGAUGAAUGUCUUAUAUGGCUUGCUAGUUAUGCUGUCCAAGAACAAUACAGUAAAAAAAAGAACGAAUACAAUAAAUAUUCUGUUCAGGAAGAUAUCAAGCCAGAGAUUACACCUAAGAUUACAGCCGAAAAUCCACUAGAUAAUUUAGAUUUCAGAAGUGAUGAAUUUAAGGAAGGAAUCAAUAAAAUAGCUAAAUUGUUGAAUAUUACUCCACAUCCAGAUGUCUCUAUAACACUCAAAGCUGUCAGGCUUCUUAUAACGGAAAGAUUUACAUUAGAAGCUUUGAAAAACCCAGAACAAUUCAUUGUUGAGGGUACACCUUUUCCUUUAGACAGCGCUGACCUUGGGAUUGAUGUGGGUGAUCCUGUGUUGAAACAUGCAGCUAAAAUAUUGAGGAUGUUGUUCAUACAGGAUUUGAGAAAUCUUCAAACCAGAGCUAACGAGUUGAUUGUCAAGGCUCAAAAUGUCACUGCCAACCCUAAGACUGAUACAAAGUUGGGAAAGGUUGGAUUUUGAAGAUUUAUAUGUGUAUGUGGCUUAAUUUAUUUAAAUAAAAUCUUUUGAAAAUA